AUGGAGGCAUACCUUGCGGAGGUGCGCAAAAUAGAGAAGCAAUUCUUGGGUCUGGAACUGCAGCACGUGCCCCGUGGCACGAACCAGGAAACCAACGAGAUCGCCAAGAGGGCGUCCAGACGCCUGCCCCAGGAGCCCGGCGUCUUCGAGGAAUGGCUCUUCAAGCCUUCAGUAGCCCCUCCGGCUGCAGAGCCGGUGCCACCUCAAGAGGGGCUUCCCCCAUCACCAGCCUCGGGAGCCCCCACAUGCGGUCCGACCUCGGGAGCACGCCUGCUCCUAGCGCUUGAGCCCCGGGAGGGGAGCUGGACCAAAGAAUUCAGGGUGUACCUGAUGCAAGGAACACUGCCAGAGAAGGAGGAAGACGCGGAGCACGUGGCCUGGCAGGCUACACCAUACUGCAUUCAGGAUGGUGAGCUGUAUCGAAAAUGA